ACAAGUCGCCAGCUCAUCACAGGGCUCACUGAUGAGCAAUGUGGGGUUCACUAUCUCGCUCAAGGACACUUCGACACGCAGCUCAGUCUUCCCCGGAGCCGGGUAUUGAACCAGUGACCUUCCGAUCACUAGUCGACCUGCUCUACCCGCUGGAACUUUGCCGUCUUUCUGAACUUCAGACAACACUGGUUCUCGGAUCUGACGGCAUCGCAAACCACUGAGCUACAACCUCUGCCAAUAACUUGAGGCACAGCAUUCAUAUAAGAAACUGAACACAAUACUUCUGAAUACAGCGCAGGAUUAUGAUCAGUAAGAUAUUCACAGGAAGAAGAGGCGGAACGUUGUGUUUUCGUCACAGGUUCCGACCGGAGCACAACACUGGGAACACAAAAUGGCGACCUCCUUGCUUCGGUUAGGGCGACUGGGUUCCCUCAAGCAGUGUCUCCGGUUGGAGAGCCUGGGCAUCCUGAGGAGCCGCUCGGCUGCUUCCUUCUGCACUCAGGCUGAAGAGCCUCCAAAACCAGCCAAGAAGACCAAGGCUGCAAGCAAGACAGAGGCUCCAGAUGAGAGAGCAACCUUACUCGCCUACAAGACCGCAGUUGCCUUCCCAGUUAAACUUUCAGAACCUGGAGUUUUCACAGCACCGUCUCUAGGUGGCGCUGAAUCAGCAGCCGUCCCAGAGACAGUUGUAGCUGCAGCAGCUGCAAGUGAAGCAGCUGUAGCUGAACCAGAGGCAGCAGAGGCUCCAGCUCCAGCUGCUGAGCCAGAUGUUGCUCAGGUUGUCACUGAAGCAGCUGCUCCUGUAGCUGACGCAACUGUACCUGUAGCCGACGCAGCUGCACCUGUUGUCGACGCAGCUCCACCUGUUGUCGACACAGCUCCACCUGUUGUCGACGCAGCUCCACCUGUUGUCGACGCAGCUCCACCUGUUGUCGACGCAGCUCCACCUGUUGUCGACGCAGCUCCACCUGCAGUUGAUGCAGCUGCACCGGUUGCUGAUGCUGCCUCACCUGCAGCAGAAGCAGCUCCAUCAGGUGCUGAGCCCCUCGCUGAUGCUACAGUUGCAGCGUCUACCACAGAAGAUGCUGUCCCAGCCGCCACAGCCUCCUCCUCUGAGCCCGGUGAUGCAGCAGCUGAUGGAUCAUCCUCCUCCUCAUCCAGCGAUUCUGAUUCAGAUUCAGAUUCAGACUCAGACUCAGACUCGGACUCUGAAGAUGAGAAGUCAGAGGUGAAGACUGAAACCAAGACCGCUCCACCUGAGGUGUCAGAAUCCACUGUGAAAGAGGAAGCAGAAGUCCAGGAGGUCACAUCAGAUGUGAAGGAAGACACUCAUGAAGCUAAAGUUCCACCCCAACCUGAAACUACUCUUGCCUCUGUGGCUGAAGCUGUACAGGAGGCGGCUGCAGCACCCAGUGUUAGCUCUGAAGAAUUGGCGGACCCUGCUCCUGAGAUCUGCACGGCCACCAAAGACACUCCAGAGGGUGCUGUGACCAGCCCAGAAGUCUCAGCUGAAGCAGUGGAACCAGCUCCAGAAGUAAUCGAAGAUGUUGCCUCUCCUGUUGCCCCCGAUGCCCAAGUCGAAACUCCAGCUGAAGUUGUGACCAAAGUUGCGGCUCUAGAAGAAGCUCCAACUGAUGCUCCAGUAGAAACCACAGAGGCAGCCUCAGCUGAAGCCCCCGUAGAAGCAGCUGAAGCCCCCGUAGAAGCAGCUGAAGCCCCCGUAGAAGCAGCUGAGGCCCCUGUAGAAGCAGCAGAGGCUGCAGUUGCUGCUGAAGUUUCUGCCCCUGUGGAGAGCACUGAGGAGCUGGUGGAUCCUGCUCCAGCCAUAACUGAAGCUGCACCCGUAGAAGCUGUCGAAGAUCCCGCAGCAGUUGCAGCUGAGCCUGUAGAAGCUGAAGCUGCCCCGGUUGAAGUGGCUGCCGAGGCUGCGGCUGAAGUUUCCAUCCCUGUGGAGAGCACCGAGGAGCUGGUCGAUGCUGCUCCGGUCUUGGCUGAAGCUGCAGGAGAGGAGCUGCAGGCGGAGGCCACAGUUGAACCAUCUGAGGAGGCUGCAGCAGCAGCAGCAGCAGCAGCGGCAGCGGCGGCGGCGGCAGCACCUCCAGAGCCAGAGGAACCUUUUGAUAACAGCACUUACAAAAACUACGAGCACCACACCUACAACCCCUUCACAUUUGCCGACCUGGACGUGGAGAUGGCCAAGUUUCGUCUCCCUCAGCCCUCCGCCCUCAAACACUAGAGGAGCAAACAUUCAUAAUGUUUAAAAGAUGAUGAUGAUGAUGUCCCUCUUGAUGUAUGAUCAACCUCCCUCCUGUCAGAUCAGCAUGAAAAUCUGUAAAAUGUUAUAUUAUUAAAGUAAAUGAACAAAUGAGACAUGA